CAUCGCGUGUUAGUAUUUUUCAAAUUCAAACUCAACGGCUAGAACGCUGUUCUCUCUCUCUCUCUCUCUGUUCCAUUUCAAACUCUACUUUCUCUCUCUAGAAUCAACUCCACCAUUCCCGUCGCAAAAAGCUUGCAACGAUGACAGUGAAGAACUCGCCGACUGUACCAAGAAAUUCAAACCCCAAAUCAACGCAAAAGCACAAAUUUAACAAAGAGAACAAACCCCCUAAGCCUCCCUCUUCCCACCAUAACCCUCUCAAACGCAAGCUCGAUGAUACUCUCACUACCUCCUCCGAUUCCGGCGUCAAGGUUAUUGUGAGGAUGAAACCAGUGCGCAGUGAAAAUGACGAAGCAGAUUCCAUUGUUAAGAAAGUUUCCAGCAAUUCUUUAUCAAUCAACGGUCAGGAUUUCACCUUUGAUUCCAUUGCUCACAUUGAUGCUACUCAGCUUGAUAUUUUUGAGCUUAUUGGUGUGCCUCUAGUAGAGAAUUGUUUGGCUGGGUUCAAUAGUUCUGUUUUUGCUUAUGGGCAGACCGGGAGUGGAAAGACCUACACUAUGUGGGGUCCUCCCAAUGCUUUGGCGGUUGAAAAUUCAUCAAUUGAUCAACAAGGAGGUCUCGCCCCUCGUGUUUUUGAGCGACUCUUUGCACGCAUAACUGAAGAGCAAACUAAGCACUCCGACAAGCAACUCAAGUAUCAAUGUCACUGUUCAUUUCUUGAGAUAUACAAUGAGCACAUAACCGAUCUGUUAGAUCCGAAUAAAAGAAACCUGCAGAUUAGAGAAGAUGUUAAAUCUGGAAUCUACGUCGAGAAUCUUACAGAGGAGCAUGUGUUUACUAUGAAGGAUGUAAAUCAGCUUUUGAUAAAGGGAUUGUUAAACAGAACAAUAGGAGCAACCAGUGUAAAUUCUGAAAGCUCCCGUUCACACACUGUUUUUACUUGUGUUGUUGAAUCUCGAUGCAAGAGUAUUGAAGAUCGUAAAAGCAGAUUUAAAACAAGUAAAAUCAAUCUUGUUGAUUUAGCUGGGUCAGAACGACAAAAAUUAACAGGUGCAGCAGGGUACCGUCUGAAGGAAGCUGGCAACAUUAAUAGAUCACUUUCACAACUUGGGAAUCUGAUUAAUAUUCUUGCUGAAGUUUCUCAGACAGGAAAGCAGCGACAUAUACCAUACAGAGACUCGAAGUUGACAUUUUUAUUGCAGGAGUCUCUCGGUGGAAAUGCAAAAUUAACACUGCUUUGCGCUAUUUCCCCUGCGCAAAGUUGUAGGAGUGAAACAUUUAGUACAUUGAGAUUUGCACAACGUGUCAAAGCUAUCAAGAACAAAGCGGUUGUAAAUGAAGUAAUGCAUGAUGAUGUGAACCAAUUGCGAGAAGUAAUACGCGAACUCAAGGAUGAGCUGCAUCGAGUUAAAACAAAGGGUUACAAUCCAAGUGGAGGCCAUUCAGCAGCUUUGAUCCGAAGAAGUUUAUGUUUAUUGCAGCCUAGACUCCAUUACCCGUUAUCACUACCUCAUGUUGAUGAAGAUGGUGACGAGGAGAUGGAGAUUGUCGAGGAUGGUGUUGAGGAUCAUGCUAGAAUUCUCGGCGAUACGAGCAGAGAUUCUGCUGGUUUUUCUGACACUAAGCGAUGCAUUGAUUUUCCUAGUGCUACAAUGAACUGUGAUAACCCUGCUACCCUCGUCGUAAAAUGUGCUACUGACCCAACCCUCAAAUCCCCACCUCCCAGUGUUUCGCCAACAAUCAGCAGCAGCAGAAAGAGUUUGAAGACCUUAUCAAAGCUGUCCCCAUCUCAGAAUAACCUUCAUUGUGAAAGUGACUUAGGCAUGAUGAGUGGCUUGGUCACAAAGACUGUCAAUCAGAAAAGCAUGUCUAAUGCUCUGUCUAGUCUGAAAGCUCAAAAUUUCCUUACUAAAACUGAAAACUUAACAGCUAGCAUCCGGCAUGGUCUUGAAACUAUCGAUAACCACCAUAGCAGCGCAGCUUUUGGGCGUUCAUCGUUGAGGCUCUCAUUGAGACCUGAGGAUUCCAAGCUAACUUUUCCAGUGGAUAAAGUUAAUGUGGGAGUACAGACUUUCGUUGACAAUAAUGCUGGAGAAGAAGAUUCUGUUAUGUUGAACUGUAAUAACUGUAAAAUCAGAAUGCAGCUUGAUGUCAGUAAGAUUGACAACAACUCAAACAUGCAGUUGGUACCUGUUGAUUGCCCUGAGUCUGCUGAUAAACCAAAGAAGCAAGUUCUCAAAGCUGCAGAGAAGGUUUUGGCAGGAUCCAUAAGGAGAGAAAUGGCUCUGGAAGAGUUAUGUGCAAAGCAGACUUCUGAGAUAAUGCAGCUGAAUCACUUAUUGCAACAAUACAAGCAUGAGAGGGAAUGCAAUGCCGUGAUAGGUCAGACAAGGGAAGGUAAAAUCCAGCGCCUUCAGAGCCUUAUGGAUGGUGUUUUACCCACUGAGGAAUUUAUGAGCGAAGAGCUAGUGUCCCUCACUCAUGAACAUGAGGUAAAACUUUUGAAGGAGAACUAUGAGCAUCAUCCAGAAGUUCUGAAGAUGAAGAUAGAGUUAAAAAGAGUACAAGAUAAGCUACAAGAGUAUCAGAAUUUCUAUGAAUUUGGGGAGAGGGAAGUGCUAAUGGAAGAGAUAUGUAAUUUAAGAAAUCAGCUUCAUUUUUAUAUGGACCAUUCACCGGCAAGAAAGGAAUAUCCACUGUUGCAAUUGCCUCAUUCAUCUGAACCUAGAUUGGUAGCAAACCUCACUGCCAAUCCCGAUUCAACCGAAGCUAGCGCUGAAGCAAAUGACAAUCCUGAAUCAACUGAAGAAAGUGCCAAAGUAAAACUUGAACAGGAAAGAAGUGAAUGGACUGAGGCAGAAAGCAGGUGGAUUUCCCUUUCCGAAGAACUCAGAGCUGAAGUUGAAGCUAACAAGUCGUUAGCUGAAAAGAGGAAGCGUGAAUUAGAUGCCGAGAGGAAGUGUUCCAAGGAACUGAAGGAUGCAAUGCAAAUAGCUAUAGAAGGCCAUGCACGGAUUUUAGAACAGUAUGCAGAUUUGGAGGAGAAACAUGUUCAGUUGCUUGAAAGGCAUAGAAAGAUCCAUGAUGGAAUUGAUGAUAUAAAGAAAGCAGCUUCCAGAACAGCAGUAAGAAGUGCAGAGUCUAAACUCAUAACUACCCUUGCAGCAGAAAUUUCAGCAUUAAAAGCAGAAAAAGAAGAAGAAAGGAGAAUCCUAGUAGAUGAAAAUAGAGGGCUUCAGGAUCAACUGAAGGAUACUUCUGCAGCAGUGCAAGCUGCAGGUGAACUGCUUGUACGUCUUAAAGAAGCAGAAGAAGGUGUCAUCACUGCUCAGAAGCGGGCAAUGGAUGCAGAACAGGAAGCUGCAAAGGCCUACAAACAAAUUGAUAAAUUGAAGAAGAAAUACGAGAUUGAGAUUAGUACACUCAAUGAUCUCCUUGCCAAAUCACGUUUGCCUAUGGAAGAAGCAAUACAACCUACUUGUAAUGGUUUUGUCAUGCCUACUGAUUAUGACACCAAGGUAGCAAACAAUGUUAGUCAAUUUGAGCCAUCUUAUAAUGAAGAGGAUGGCGAGCUUGCUAAAUUAAAAGAACAGUCAUGGUUCUCUGGUUCUGACAUAUGCAACAUAUAGAAAAUCACACUUGUGUAAAUAACAGCAAUCUUCUAGUUUGUGCUUUCAUUCAUUCUUGCUGA